AACGUCUGUUGGCUACCCGGGAGCUUUGUGCCAUGCACCUACUCUUUUAACAAAUGUAUAUCCAUCUACACUGAAAAAGAACUGAUUUACAUAAUGGCAUCUAGUGAACAAGUGCCUGCAGUACUCGCACGAUCAGAAAUAGCCCGGAGAAGAUUCGAGCAAAAGCUAGAACAAAACGAGGUGUAUGCUCAAGGGAGGCGGAAGUUUCAUGCGCGAGAAUGUGAGGUGACUCGACGAAAACCGUUUCAGCCUGUGUUGUUCCACAAUUUUACAACCCCGGAUCAUGUUGUUCUGCAUUCGACAGCACGAGCUGAAGAGCGGAGGAAGUUUGAUGAACUUUUGGAUGAGAAAAACAGAGAAAAAAUUAAAGUGGCUGAGAAGGAACGAAUUCGUCGUGAAGAAGCGGAAAAGGAAGCGCUGAAAACGUAUCGACAACGUCUUGAAUUUAAGGCCCGUCCUUUGCCUGGUGUGUACAGGGGUGAACCGUAUCGAGUGCUACCUUCUGCUAAAGAGCUCACGGUGCCCACGACUCCAGUUGUUCUUAAAAGGAGUAAUUCCAAAUAACGCGAAAUUAUAGCCUUUACUCGCAUAACGCUACUAACCUGUUGCUUAUGUUAAUAUCUUGUGAACAUCAGUAUUAUCACAGUUGGACUAUUUAUUUGAAUAAACAAAAUCUUGUUUAAGAAGCUUUUU